CUUAAGCUAUUAAAGAAUUUUAAAAAGCAUUUAACUCAACUUAAACGUCGUCAGGUAACACAAAUAUAAAUGUGACAAUCCGUUUGGGAGCUGCUAUUAAAAUGAUUGCUACACAUAUGAUAAAUAUAAUAUGUGUGCUUUGCCUGCGUCUGUGUUGUGUUGUAUAGUGUAAUUGCUAGUUAAACAUAGUGUGUUGCGACCAUAUCUCUCUCUCUCUCUCUCUUGCUCUGUCUGUCUUUCUAUCUGUUUCACGUUUCCUACGAAUCUUCAUGCAACAUGAGCAGCAACAACAAUAAUAAUAAUAAUAACAACAACAACAAUAAUAAUAAUGACAGUCCUAUAACAAUUACACGCAACUACAAGUUAGUUGGUUGGUUUUCUCAACGCGCCGAGGAGAACAAACGCAAGAAGCGCGCCGAACAGCAGCGUCAACAGCAGCGCCAGCGGCGCGGCGCCAAGGUCUUCAAAUGUGUCAGCGAUUCCACUGGCCACCUGACCCUGGCGCCCUCGCGCCUCUUCGAGCGGACGCCAAUGAGUCCAUCCGACAGUCUGGACGAGAUUGCGCUGCAGAUACCAAG